AAUAAUUUGAUUUUUUUUUUUAAUUUAAAUAUAAAUUAGAAAUAAUCAUUGCGUAUUCAUCUUUUGUGAGCCGUGUUAAAGUUUCAACUUAGAGUUUCUUUUCACUUUUAGUACGUUCUGAAAAGAAACGAUAAAAUUUAUAUUAAAAAAAAAAAAAAAAGAACUGUUAAAAUAGAAACUAUAAAGAAUGGAAGUUUCACUCUCUUUUCUUACAAUAUUUUACACUAAACUUCGAUAUAAUUAUUCGGAAAUUAUUUUGCUUUCAACAAGACGAUUAAUAAAAAUAUUAUGUCUACUAUUGGCUUGUUUAAUGAAACCAUUAGCUGUUUGUCGCAAAUUAAAAAAGCCUGUAAGGUGUCCUCCAAUUUCGAAUAAAUUACUAUUUCUCUCAGCCAGCGAACUUGCAAGGAAAAUAAGAAGAAAAGAGAUAAGCAGUGAGGAAGUAGUGUCUGUUUAUAUAGCACGUUGCCGCGAAGUUAAUCCAGUAAUAAAUGCAAUUGUGCAAGAUAGAUUUGAAGCUGCUUUGAUUGAGGCUCGAAAUGUUGACAAUUUUCUUAAAAAUCAAAAGAAAACUGAAGAUGAACUGGAGCAAAAUCUCCCAUUGCUGGGAGUACCAGUCACGGUUAAAGAAAGUAUUGGCAUUGAAGGAAUGAGUAAUUCUGCCGGUGUUAAGUGGCCGAUCCCUAAAAUUGCUUUUGAAGAUGCUGAUGUCGUAAGAAGAACACGAUUAGCCGGGGGAAUUCUUCUUUUGGUUAGUAAUACACCAGAAAUGUGUAUGUGUUGGGAAACGUACAAUAACGUGAAAGGAACAACAAAAAAUCCAUAUGACACUAGAAGAACACCUGGUGGUUCGUCUGGCGGUGAGGCUGCACUUUUGGGAUCAGGUGCAUCUGUACUUAGUCUCGCCUCAGAUAUCGGAGGCUCUGGUCGACUUCCAGCAAUGUUUUGUGGCGUAUUCGGUCAUAAACCUACGCCAGGAUGGGUUUCAGUUUCCGGACACAUGCCAGGCAGUGACGAUAAAAAUUGGCCAUCUUUUUUUUGCAUUGCACCAAUGACACGUUACGCGCAAGAUCUUCCAAUGUUACUUAAAAUCAUAAGUCAAGAUCCACAAGUUUCGGAACGUCUCAGUCAAAAAGUAGAAUUAAAAAAACUGCGUUAUUUUUACAUGGAUUGCAAAAGUAAUAAAGGUAUAAUUAAUUCAAUUGACAAAGACGUUAAAUCAACAAUAAAAAAACUCACAAAACAUUUAGAAAACAUUUAUGGUGUUACUGUACAAAAGAUAAAAUUGAAAGAACUAGAAGAUGCUUUUGAAUUUUCAACAAUAAGUAUUGUUCAAAUCGAUGGAGUGGAAUCGAUUUUCAUGAAAGGAAACAAUCCAAAAGAAUGGAAAAGUGUCAAUUUGGAAAUAUUAAAGUAUUUAUGCUUUUUAUCGCCUCACAAUUUCCAUGCAAUAUUUUAUGGUGUUAUCAAGAAAACCGUGGAUAUGUUACCAAAAUCAUUUAAACAACGAAUGAUAGAAAAAAAUAGUGCUGUCAAAAAGCAUCUUGAGGACUUACUAGGAGAUGAUGGUGUCUUAAUUUGUCCAACAUUUUCAACUUCAGCAUUUUUUCAUUAUGAAAUGUUGCAAAAUGUCUACUAUUCUACAUUUAUGACAAUUUUCAAUUCCCUAGGAUUUCCUGUCACUCAAUGUCCAAUGGGUCUUUCGGAAAAUGGCCUCCCAAUUGGAUUACAGAUUGCUGCUAAACCAAAUUGUGAUCAUUUAACAAUUGCCGUUGCACAAGAGAUUGAGAGAACUUUUGGAGGAUGGCAAGCACCUCCAAGUAGCGAGGGUGCAAUAUAAAAAAAAACUCAAUUUUUAUACACUAUUUAUGUUUUUGUAUAUAGAUAUCAUAAUUAGAAUAAUUUAUUAGUUACAAAUAAUUUUAACCACUUAGACAAUUUUUUACGAAUAGCAAAACGAAAUUCAAACAAUGGAUUAGAUAAAAAAAAAAAAAAACUUA